AUGGCUUCCUUCUUCAUCACCGGUGCCUCUAGAGGAUUCGGCUUGGCUCUGGUCAAGGAGCUUUUAGCUCUGCCCACUUCCAAAGUCAGCAAAAUUAUCGCUUCUUCCCGCAGCGACUCUUCAGCCCUCAGUGAAGUUGUCAACAGCUCUUCUGGCCGUGCCGAAUGGGUCAAGCUUGACGUGACAGACCAAGAGUCCAUCAAGAAGGCCGCUGCCGAGACAGAGGCCAAGCUCGGCGGCAAGGGUCUCGAUGUCCUGAUCAACAAUGCUGGUAUCUGUGAAUAUGCGUUCCAAGGGACAAAGUCCAUGGACAACCUCUCUUCCAGCUUCCUGGUCAACGUCCAAGGCGUUCACUGGGUAACCCAAGCCUUCUUCCCACUUCUCGAAAAGGGCCAGCUGAAGAAGGUGGCCAACAUUUCCACUACCCUUGGCUCCAUCAGUCUGGCAGAGCAUUUCGUUCAGUUUCCUGGUCCCGCGUACAAGAUCACAAAGGCUGCUCUCAACGCUCUGACCGUGCAGUGGGCUCUUGACCACGAGAAGGAUGGCUUCACUUUCAUUGCUCUCUGCCCUGGCUGGAUGAAGACAGAGCUCGGAGGUGGUGACAUGGCCGACUUGACCGCUGAGCAGGGCGCCAAGGCCUCUCUCGACAUCAUCUUCAACAAGAGCCAAAAAGAAGUCAACGGGAAGCUACCCAAGGUAUUCGUUGACGGCUGGGACAAGCCCGCUCCGGGGAGGGCAAACGUGUACGAUGGCACCAACGCGCCUUGGUGA